AUGAGUCAGAUUGCUCAACAACUCGCGAGUUCGCAAACACCAGGUGCAUUACCGAGUGCUACAGUUACAAAUCCAAGAGAGCAUCAUAAUGUGAGUGCGGUAACCACAAGGAGUGGUAAGGCAAAAGAAGUCCCUAAAAAAGAUGAUGACCAAGAAGACCAAUUGCUUGAAGUUGAUUUGGAGAUAAAAGAAAAUGAGGUUGUUAGUGAAGAGGUGACGGUACCUAAACCAGUGGUUAAAGAAAAAGUUAAUGAAUCAAAGCCGGUUGUCAAACUCCCUUUCCCCACAAGAAAUAAGAAGAAAGAGCAACAUGAGAAGAACUUCGAGAAAUUCUUGGAGAUGUUCAAAAAGCUUGAGAUUAACAUUCCGUUCUUGGAGGCACUUGAGCAAAUGCCCUCUUAUGCUAAAUUCAUGAAGGAUAUUAUUUCAAAAAGGAGGAGCACUGACACUGACUCUAUUGUACUAACCAAAACUUGUAGUGCUAUUUUGCAGGGUAUGAAGAUUCCGGUAAAGAAAAAAGAUCGAGGCUCGGUAACUAUCCCUUGCACUAUCGGGGAUAGAUCUUUCAAAAAGGCCCUUAUAGACUUGGGGGCAAGUGUGAGUCUCAUGCUGUUAUCCAUCUACAAGAGGUUGGGGAUUGGAAAAAUUGAUAAGUUUAUGUUUCCGAUAGACUUUGUGAUCUUAGAAAUGUCGGAAGAUGAAGAGAUACCGCUCAUUCUUGGUAGACCAUUUUUGGAGACCGGGAGGUGUUUGAUAGAUAUAGAAGAAGUCACCAUGACUCUAAAAGUUUAUGACGAAGAGUUAAAAAUUGAUGUGCGUGACACCAUGAAAUACAAAGAUGCUGUGGCCACCAGUCAACACAUAAAGGUGAUUUAUCAAAUGGUUCUGAAAGAAAACCCUCUAGGUGAACAAAAAUUGCCCAUGGAGAGAGUUAUAAGUCUAUCAAUCUCUGAAGACACUCAAGAAGUUGAUGAAAAGGAAAUGGAAGUGUUAACUAUGAUGGCAACACAACCGCCCUUUAAGGGAUCCCGAUCACUCCGAUGGGAAAACUUAAGGGAACCCCAAGUUGAGGAAAAGAAAGAUGAGACCAAGAAAGUGGCUGAGCUAAAACAAUUGCCCGAAAAUCUCAAGUAUGUUUUUCUAGAUCCCAAAAGUAAAUGCCCGACGAUUAUAAGCUCGAAUCUAGAGGUUUCUCAAGAAGACUAG